AUCUGGGACCAGCCAAGCUUGCCAUGGGACGUGCAUUUUCACGACCCGAAGAUGUCACGGCCUUCGCUCCAAAGGACAAUCGCAUUUUGGUGCCCAUGCCACCACCACCGUUGUUUCUGGCGUGCAUUGCAUCGGCGGGACUCCUCAAGUUGCUGAUACGGCCUUUGAGCUUGAUUCCCCCAAAUCGCUUUCCUCGACGUUUGAUGAUCGGCUUGCGUGGUGGGGGAGCAGUGGCUGCUGCUGCUGGGGUCUGGUAUUCAUACAAAGCUAUGUAUCACGUGCUUGCAGAGCAUUCGCCAGUAGCCCACGGACACCAAGUGCGGUACUUGGUCGUAGACGGUCCCUACGCGCAGUGUCGUCAUCCGAUGUACCUUGGGAUGUUGCUGACCAUGUUCGGACUGGGCAUCCUCCAGAAUACGUGGUGGGCUGGCAUCAUGUCCAUUCCCUUCAUUGCUUAUGUGGGCGGCUACGUCGUUCCCUUGGAGGAAAGGUAUUUGGAAGCGGAGUUUCCGGAUGAAUGGCGAGAGUACGCAGCAAAAACUCCACGCUGGGGAAUCGAAUGAUCGAUCGACAACUUCAACUACAUCAAGUCGCUGUUGCCGUGGCCAAGAGUGCGCUGCAUGAAGUCUCAGGAUUUUGGUCGCCCUGGACACAUUUGAUGAACCCAGAGAGAUGCUGAAAGUCGGCUUUCUGUGAUGUUGCUUUCUUUGGCCAAAACCACAGCUUGAUCUCACCAUCGAAAACACCACUGUCACAAGUACCGGGUCUGCACCUGCAGGCUGCUAAAGGAUAAGUUGAAAAUGCGUUGCAGCCACAAAAGCUGUCCGGCAGGAAUGCAGCCUCCUUGAUUGAAUUGAGCCGCCGCUAAGAACAAAUUGUCC